AUGUUUCAACAAAAUUCAUUCUACCUACAAGUCGAUUUGACAAAUCCAAAAACUGCUUCUCCCUUUUUCCCCCGUUCAUCGUCAUCUUCUUCUUCCAUUUAUCCUACAGUAGAAACAGAGAAUCUCAUUGCGGAAGAGCCAAACACGACACAAGCAAUGGAAAACGUUCUCGUCACGAUUCCGGGUGCGAUUCUGCAUCUCACAGGAAAGGAUUCAAGCAUGCACCUCGCUUCAGGGGAUCUCACCAUAACCAACCUCGGAGAAGGGAACAAAGUGGUGGUUGUUCUCGCUCACGUUAGAGACGAGGUUCAGUGGUCGUUGGCCAAGGAUGUGGCGGUGGUGAAGCUGGACCAGACGCACUACUUCUUCACACUGCAAGUUCCGCAUAAACAGGCGGAGAACGGAUUUAAGGUACUGAAUUAUGGGUUGACGAUGGCGGAGAAGGGGCAAGAGAAGGUGCUGAAGGAACUGGACAGGGUUAUGGCGAAGUAUAGCUUUCUGUCGAAGGAGAAAGUGUGA